GGAAGGAGUUGAGGAGCGAAGGUGUGUCCAUCGAAGGGCCCACUUCCGGAAACGCUAGCAGUAGCACCAGCACCUCUCGGAGGCCUGCGGACAAUGCCCCUUCAUCUGCGGCUCCGGCGUCCACGAGCAAGCCGGUAGCGAGCAGUGAGAGGGCGAAACCAGCUCCUUCUGCCAACGCUAGUGCGCCGCGUCCGGCCUCUCUUGCUCCUGCGUCCACUACCGGAGCUGUGACAGGCACGCAGAAAGGCACAGCAAACAGCCGCGGCGGUCAAGAGGGACAGCCUCCCAAGCCUCUGCCGCCUGGAAGCGCUUCUUCAAGAGUCGCAGCUCCCGCCGCUCAGAGCCCCUUGAACCCCAUGCCUCCCUCGCAGCAGAGUGUCCAGACCGACAAAUCCCACUCCAAAUCUGCACAGAGCGUGCCUGGAGCCGCCACUUCUGCCUCUGCGUAUGUUGCCUCGCCCUCCAAAACGCUAAAAGACACCACAAAAAGUCCUGCGAGUCUGACGCGACCUGCAGCUGCUUUGCCUGUCAGUGCGUCCAAGUCAGCAGCACCGCAGGCAACGAGCGCAGGAAACAACCAGCCAGCAUCUUCGCGUCCAGCAUCUGAACACAUGGGUGGAGCUUCGAGCAACUCAGAUCGCGCAGGCAGCAGCCACGCAAUCAUUCCCGCGGCGUCCCAGCUGCCAUCUCCGCCCAUUUUAGUGGUGGAAUUCAGAGAGAACCCUUCUGCAAGGUUCAUCUUGCCGCUUUGGGGUGACGUGAUCGUCGAGCGGAGGGAAGCGUUGCAAGAGACAGCGGAAACCUCCGCAGGAGGCGCAAUUAUUAGAACGGCUGAACGCAACAAAUUGCUGGACCGCGCGCGAAAUGUUGUCGUCAGCUUUUGGGCACCGGUGCAAGGAGCAGAUGCCUUUGUCUCGGCGUCGGCCGCGGAGGACGUUAGCGCGACCGGUACCAACGCGACCAUGUCGACCAGGUCCUCAGGAGCGGUAUCGACUACGGAUCGGUCCCAGACUCGGUACCCAAUCACUUGGCGGCUGUCUGGCCAUGCAGCAGACAUUGCGCCCGGCAGCUCACCCGUCGACAUCACGCAGCCUCUCUGGGAGAUGUUUGGCCGGGUGGAGGGGUGCGUCACGAGAGACAAACAAGGCUUCAAAGCACCGCAAGAGGAAUUUGAACGAAAAAGCUCCAGCGCCGGCACCAGCAAGGAAGGAGUGGGCCUCAAGCACAGUUCAAAUGCACUCACUCAGAAGCAAUUUGAGCACCUGGUAAGUCAUUCGGGUUGAUGGAGGCCGCCUCGAGUACUUGCGCUGACCAGUAUGAGCUGCCGUUCGAUGCUGCAGUACGAAAUGCUACCUCCUGCCAACGAAGAUGCGCAACCCGCCAUUGACGUUCCGAGCGCCAUGCUGCCCGCGGGGAUGGAAGAGCAUCUUUCAGACCGUUUCGGAGUCAAAGUCCAGGUCUUGACUGCUCGACCAAUCCCAAAGCGCAAGACAGCCUCUGCGACAG